CUUCCGUCGUGACGCAAUCGUUAGUAGUAAAUGGCGGUCACCAACAGGCCGGACUAUAAACAUUUCCACGGUUCCAACUGUCGGCUCAUGCUCCGUGCUGAGAGGAACUUUACAACUAAAAGGACCAAGAAAACGAAAAAAGCGGUUAACAAAUGGAGAACGACGACAGUCACGAAGAAAAAGACACGGAGCCUGAAGUGGCCGAACUCCGGCUGAAAGUCGAAUCUUUGAAACAGGAGCUCAAAGAGUGCCGAGCCGAACUGGCCAAGUUACAGAAGCAGCUGAGCCACUCCGAAAGACUGCAGCGGAGCACGGAGGGCUAUAACGAAGACCUGAGGAAGCAGGUCGACCAGCUGAGUGCAGAGCUUCAUGAACGGAAGAAGAAAGAUAAAGACAAAGUCGACUGUGAAACUCAAACAGAAGAAUAUGUAUGGACAGAAACCGAUUAUUAUAAUUACUACUACGGAGACUACGGUCUGAACUCGGAGGGAGCAGACACUCAGGAAAGCCUGAACACGGCGUCAGGUGAUUAUAAUGAGGCAGCAGAGAGCUCAACAACAAAUGAAGUAACAGCUGCAGACGUGUCAAUUCAGCCAGAGCAGACCAGUUUAGCAGUCACAACAGAGGGGAGCGAUGGAGGAUCUAUAGCAGAUAUGUUGAGGGCCACUGCUGAGGAGGCUAUGACACAGACUGGGUUUGUGUUUGAUGAGACUUCUGGGAUGUAUUAUGACCACAGCACGGGCUUCUACUACGACUCGGCCAGUCAGUUGUACUACGAUGCCAACUCUGGCAUUUACUACUACUACGACGCAGAGAGCGGACGAUACCAGUUUCAUUCCAGGAUUGAGGUUCCUGCUGUGCCGAGUAGUGCAGAGCCGUAUCAAGAAAAAACGAACGCUGAUAAGAAAGGCAGAAAAUUCAAGAAAGGAGUCAAAAAAACAUCACAGGAUGAUAGGGAAGUGAAAAGUGACGAUGUAAAGCUGGAAGAAGACGAGGCCGACUGGGUUGAAAGGCAAACGACUAAGAGGAAGACAGAAACGCGGAAAGCGAAUCGAAGGUCUCGCAGUCCAGACGUGGCUCCACGGAGCAAAGACUCGUCCAAACGCAAAGAAGACGGCGACAAAUAUCCAUCAAAGAGAAAAAAGCAGAAAAACGGCUCGCACCAUGACGAUAAGGGAGACUCAAGGAAGAAAAGGAAGAAAUCUAAGUCGGAAAAACGUAAAAAGAAAAAGAAGGCCGCUCGGAGUGAUGGAUCUGAGGGGAACAGUGAACCAGAAGAGGGUGAGAUCACAGAGUCGGAGAGGGAAGAGUGGGAGUCUACCCCCUCGUUCUCGUCGCCCUCGAGCGCAGCCUCAAUGGAAAGUCCUGAAUCAGAAAUGGACACACAGAGUCAAGAAGUCAAAGACAUCUGGCCUCCCUGUGUAAGAGUGACUGUGGUCAGGUCUCCUGUGCUGCAGGUGGGCACUCUGUUCAUCAUCACAGCCGACUCUCCAGCUACCGUUGGCAGAGAGAAAGAUAUGAACCACGCAAUCCGAAUACCAGAAAUGGGAGUCAGCAAGUUCCAUGCAGAGGUGUAUUUUGACCAGGAGCAGCAGAGCUACAUGCUGGUGGACCAGGGAAGCCAGAAUGGAACGGUGAUCAAUGGCAACCGCAUCUUACAGCCCAAAACCAAGUCUGAGCCACAUGCACUGAUGCACGGCGAUGAGGUGAAGAUGGGAGAGACUGUAUUGUCCUUCCAUAUCCAUUCAGGGAACGAUACCUGUGAUGGCUGUGAGCCCGGUCAGGUGAUGGCUCACCUCAGCAAGCACAGGAGAGAAGACAACACUGGUCCUGCUCUCACCAAAGAGGAUAAAGAAUCACUGCGACAGAAAGAGCUGAAGCAGAUGAAGGCCAAAUAUGGCCUGCAAAGCGGUGACUAUGAGGAGACGAAAGCCUUGAAGAACCCCAAAUAUAAGGAUCGAGCAGAAUCUCGAAGGCAAACAGUGGGCAGUGAGGGUGUUUUCCAACGCGAUGAUGCACCGGCUUCUGUUCAUGAGGAGAUCAGUGAAGUGAAUAAAGGACGGAAGAUGCUGGAAAAGAUGGGCUGGAAGAAAGGAGAGGGACUGGGUAAAAUGGGAACAGGAAUGAAAGACCCGAUUCAACUGAAAAUCCGAAAGUCCCAGUCGGGUUUGGGAGCAGCUGCCGCCGUGUCUCUGGACGACGCGUCUUUGACUAAAUCAAAGUCCCAAAAGAACUGGGAGAAGGCGCGAGAGAGGUUCGCUGAUACCUGCCAGCCUGACUCGCUCGUGCCCAAAACCCAGAAGAACACUUCACCCAAAGCCUGGGUCAAAUCAGAAGAAACGGAGACCACACAGACCAGCUUUGAAACAGAAGGCCAAAGUUAGGAGUGAGGAGAGAAUUUACACGCUUCAGAUUUAAAAACUUGGCGUUUACGCAUAUUGACACCAAGAGGAAAUGUGUUGUUUUUAUUUUUAUUUAUUUCCUCAGCUGUCAAGAGUCAUGCAACCAGUUGAGACUGAUCUGAGGUUUACCUCUAUUCUUAAGAGAACAGGAUAUGCCCGCAUUAUUUUACUGCCACUGUAAAAACAAACAAAUAAACAUUAUCGACCUGUU